AUGAAGUACGAGAGUGUUGCAGUCCCCCUAAUCCUUGCUGCCUUUGUGGCGGUGGCUUCAUCGGAGCGAGCUCUAGUCGAUGAAAUACGAACAUCAUGCAAUGAUUGGUGUAGAAAGGAACAUAAACUCCCCGCCGACAGCAAGCAAUGUGAAGACUUUUGUGUCUUCUCAAGCAAGUACCUCAUUGAGGCUUAUGAUUUGGAGAAAGUGACAUCCAAGAGAUUGGAUAAAUUCCGAGUCUUGUGCAAUGAGGGGUGUCCUAAGGAAUUUAAGGACCCCAACAUCAUCAAGAAGUGUGUAGACUAUUGCAACGUUGAGGCUAAGGAGAUGACAGAGACCUUUGCAAAAGAUAAGAUUGAAUAG